CUCUCUCAUCGUCGCAAUGUCCGCUACAGUUGAUAUCCCUCAAACCGUCAAGGAUUCCCUUCGCAAAUUUCGGUUUGCGCGACGAAAUGCUGGGAGUGCAGCCAUCGUCAUCAAGAUCAACAAGGCAAAACUGAUUAUGGAGGAGGUGGAGCAGUUUGACAAUAUCACCAUAGAGGAACUUGCAGAGGAAUUGCCUGAGAACUCUCCUCGCUAUGUGAUCCUGUCAUAUGAACUGGAACAUAAAGAUGGGCGGAAAUCUUUCCCUCUCGUGCUCCUAAACUGGGCACCGUCGUCGAGUGAAAUCGGAAUGCUGACCUUGCAUGCAAGCGCCUUUCUCAACUUCCAAUCCACGGCGGACGUGAGCAAGGUGGUCGAGGUACGGGAUGGGCCAGAAGGUCUUACGAAAGAAGUGAUUGACGCGAAAUUACUUGCCUGAUUAUUGACUUUUGGAUUGACGCGCCCUGUGGUGCUGACUUUUGUAUUCUUAGGACACAGCCACAUAUGAAGCCUGACCUGGCGACACAUGUGCAUAACAUUUCCUAGCUAAGGCUUGCUUCCAUGUGGGUGGCAGCGAGGAAUUCAUGUG